AUGUCGAAGACGGAGCUGAUCCAGAAGGCGAAGCUGGCCGAGCAGGCCCAGCGCUACGAGGACAUGGCCACCUACAUGAAGGCCGCGACGGAGCAGGGCGCCGAGCUGUCUGAGGAGGAGCGCCACCUGCUCUGGGUGGCCUACAGGCACGUGGUCGCGAGCCGCAGGGCCGCCUGGAGGGUCCUCUCCAGCAUCGAGCAGAAGACCGACACCUCGGACCAGAAGCUGCGAGUGAUCGAGGACUACCGGGAGAAAGUGGAGUCCGAGCUGACGGGCAUCUGCACCACGGUCCUGGAAUUGCUGGACAAGUAUUUGAUAGCCCACGCAGCGAAUCCAGAGAGUAAGGUCUUCUACCUGAAAAUGAGGGGAGAUUACUUCCGGUACCUUGCUGAAGUUGCACGUGGUGAUGAUCGAAAACAGACGAUAGAGAAUAUCCAAGGAGCUUACCAGGAGGCUUUUGAUAUAAGCCAGAAAGAGUUGCAGCCCACACACCCAGUUCGUCUGGGGCUGGCUCGCAACUUUUCUAUCUUUUACUAUGAGAUCCUUAAUAACUCCGAGCUGGCCUGCGCACUGGCCAGAACGGCUUUGGAUGAGGCCGUGGCAGAACUCCAUACGCUGGAUGACUCACACAAAGGCACCAUCCUCAUCUUGCAGUUGCUUAGAGACAACCUCAUAUUAUGGACACCAAACAGUGCAGGAGGAGAGUGUGAUGCCGCAGAAGGAGCCAAAAACUAACUGCAGAGUGUCAUCCUUCCUGCCUCCAGAAGCCU